AUGAUUCGAGAAUGUGGGAUGUUAGAGUUUCCGUGUUAUGGGGAGUCUCUUUCAUGGCGAGGUAAUCGCUGCAAUAAUCAGGUAGUCCGCUGUAGGUUGGAUCGUGCUCUAGGGAACGAAGAUUGGCACACACUCUUUCCAUGUUCGCGGGUGGAUUAUCUGGAAAUGAUAGGAUCGGAUCAUCGUCCUAUAUUAGCCUCUUGUGCGAAAGCUGAUGGAAGACACUUUCGUCAAUUCCGUUUCGAUAAGCGGUGGAUGGGGAAAGAAGGGUUUUCUGGAGCAGUGGAAUCAGGGUGGAAUCGUACAAAAAAUUUCAGAGUACCAAUGUUUGUGGAUAAAAUCAAAAAUUGUAGGAAUUCUAUUUCAUGGCGGAGGAAGCAGAAUGUUCCGAAUAGCAACACUCUUAUCUCUUCCCUAAAGAUGGCUUUAGAGGAGGCAAAAAACGAUGAUUCUAUUUCACACGCGGAGAUUCACAUUAUUGAGAAGAAGUUAAAGGAUGCAUACCAUGAUGAGGAACUGUAUUGGCAACAGAAAAGUCGAAAAUUUUGGUUACGAGUGGGGGAUAAGAAUACUAGUUUCUUUCAUGCUUCUACUAAACAGAGGAGGACUAGGAAUAAGAUUGUGGGGCUGUUUGAUUCAGAGGAUGUUUGGGAUGAAUCGAAUGAGGGUAUGGAGAGGAUUGCAUCUGAUUACUUCAAUAAACUAUUUGCCCAACCAGAUGUGUGUGGUAUUUCAGAAAUGGUUCAAGCGGUCAAUCCUUUUGUCACCGAGCGUAUGAAUAGGGAGUUAACUAAGGAUAUAUCUGAGAUGGAAGUUCGUAAGGCCUUAUUUGCAAUGCAUCCGGAGAUAACGCCGGGUCCGGAUGGGAUGACCGCACUUUUCUUUCAUAGGUUUUGGCCUCAUCUUAAAGGGGAUCUGAUUGCCCUCGUUAGGGAUUUCUUUCGAACUGGGAAAUUUGACCCCAGACUUAAUGAAACUAAUAUUUGUCUGAUCCCAAAGGUUGAUGUGCCUAAAAGGAUGGCAGAAUUCAAGCCUAUUAGUUUGUGUAAUGUGGGUUAUAAAAUUAUAUCGAAGAUUCUGUGCUUUCAGUUAAAAAAGAUUUUGCCCUUGAUUAUUUCGGAAACACAAUCGGCCUUUGUGUCUGGACGAUUAAUUACAGAUAAUAUUCUGGUGGCACAAGAGAUGUUUCACGGGUUACAGACCAAUAGGAUGUGCAAUACGGAAUUUUUGGCUUUCAAAACGGAUAUGAGUAAGGCCUAUGACCGAGUUGAAUGGGAUUUUCUGAAGGCGGCCUUAAUUAGGCUAGGUUUUGAUUCCAGAUGGAUUUCUUGGAUAAUGUGGUGUGUGAGUUCGGUUUCCUAUCAGGUGUUGCUUAAUGGUCAACCACGUGGCUCCAUUUUACCAAAACGAGGCCUGUGGCAGGGGGAUCCUUUAUCCCCUUACCUGUUUAUUUUGUGCACUGAGGUGUUGAUUGCUAAUAUAAAAAAGGCAGAAAGGGAAGGAAAAAUAUCGGGCAUUAAGAUUGCCCGAGAUUCCCCUCCUAUUUCUCAUUUGUUGUUCGUGGAUGAUAGUCUGUUUUUCAGUAAAGCGGAUGAAGAACAAUGUUCAACAGUUAUGGAUGUCAUAGGCAACUAUAGUAAAGCAUCCGACCAGGAGGUAAACUUAGACAAAUCAUCGAUUAUGUUUGGUAAAAAGGUGCCUGCAGAGGUCAAGGACAAGGUAAAAUCUGUUAUUGGAAUUUCCAAUGAAGGGGGAAUGGGCUCCUAUUUGGGAAUCCCUGAGAGUCUCGGUGGCUCAAGAGUACAAGUUUUCGGUUACGUUCGUGAUUGGUUGAAUGACCGGGUUAAUGGUUGGACUGCAAAAUUUUUAUCUAAGGGAGGAAAGGAAGUUUUAUUAAAGUCGGUGGCUUUGACCCUGCCUACGCAUGUUAUGUCCUGCUUCAAACUUCCUCAAGGAUUAACAUCCAAAUUGACGAGUGCUAUUUCCAAUUUUUGGUGGAGUUCUGAUGGGAAAGAUCGGGGGCUCCAUUGGGUGGCAUGGGAUAAAAUGUGUAAAGAUAAAUCUGAGGGAAGAUUAGGAUUUUGGGAUUUGGAGAUUUUUAAUGAUGCGUUAUUGGCCAAACAGUAUUGGCGGUUAAUACAGUUCCUGAAUUCUCUGUUUGCUCAAAGAAGUAUUUUCUCAACUAAAAGUUUAGUGGAAAAAGGAAUCCGAUGGACAAUUGGCUCAGGGUUUAAUAUAUCGGUCUGGCAUGACCCGUGGAUCCCUGAUCAACACCCUCGACCUGCUCGUGGUAGGGGACAGCAUCUGCACCCAAAUUUAAUGGUUAACCAUCUGAUUAAUCCUCGAACUAAAGAAUGGCAUUUACCUAUACUUCAGGAAUAUAUGGAUCCGGAGGAUAUUCAAAUUAUUCUUAGUUUGCCAAUUAGCAAAUAUUUUAGACCAGAUCGAUUGGUAUGGCAUUAUACACAAUCGGGACGGUAUUCGGUUAAGUCAGGGUAUAAGGUAGCUCAAGACAUGAAGGCUGACAUUGAGGUUGGUCCCAAUGUUAGUGCCCUGAAAGCUAAGGCUUGGGAACUCCCGGUACCCCCUAAAAUCAAACACUUUUUCUGGCAGAUCGCCUCGGGUUCCCUUCCGGUGACGGUGCGAUUAGCCUCCCGGGGAGUUAAUUGUGACACGAUAUGCAAGAGAUGUGACUUGGAGGAAGAGUCUAUUAAUCAUACCUUAUUUGAGUGCCCUCAUUCACGUCAAGUUUGGGAGAGGAUUUUUGAUGGACCUGACAUGGAUAAGUUCCCAGCUGGUUCAAUCUACUCAAAUUUAGAUUUUAUCUAUGGCAAAGGUUUGGCUCAUAUGGCUUUAGGCACUACCCAUAGCUCGAUCCCAUGGUUGGUCUGGUUUUUAUGGAAGGAUAGGAAUAGCAAAAAAUUUCAAGGUCUACGAUCAGAGCCAAUGGAUAUUAUUAAUCAGGCUUUACGUGAACAAUUGUGGUGGAAGGAAUCACAAUUAACUGCAAGGGUUGAUUCUGCCUCGACAGAUUCUCCGAUUACGCUGGAGCCUUUAAUUCAUUGUCAGGUGGAUGGCUCGUGGAAAGCCACAGAACCUCAUUCAGGGUUAGGCUGGUGGUGUGGUGAUGGUGAGAAUCAGACUUUGGUAAUGGGUGCCAAAUGUCAUCGUCGCAGUGCAUCUCCACUUUAUUCAGAGUUAGAAGCAUUAUUAUGGGCGAUGGAGUGUAUCCGAUCCAGAGGGAUUGAUUACCGGAGAUUCGAGACGGAUUCUGCAGAGUUGUUAGCAAUGGUGCAAGUUCCGGAGGAGUGGCCGGCCUUCUCAACGCUUCUGGAGGAGUUUCAGGCGCUUAGUGCUUCAAUGCCUUCCUUCACCCUUAUCAAGAUCCCAAGGACGUCCAAUGUGAAGGCGGAUUGCUUAGCUCGUUCUUCCAGAGACUUAGUUUCAGAAUCUUCUUUUCAACCAGAGUUCCAGGCUCAAUGGUGCCACCCUCCAAUGUUUCAGACCUACUAUGCCCAAGAACCUGACUUAAGAGCUAUGAUGGAACAAUUGUUGCUUGGGCAAGCCAAUAAGCAGACUGAGGAGGCAAGGCAGUUUGAAGAGCUGACCCAAAAAUUGAAUUCAUAUUCUCAUGACCUGAGUAACCAGCUUGAGAGUCUGACCUCUUCAUUCCAGUACAUGGAGAGCUCCAUUGCUUCUACUUCAGCUCCUAAGCCACACCAACUUCUUGAACAAGCCAUUCAAAACCCAAGGGAGAUCACUGUUAAAGCAAUCCAUCUCCAUGAGGAAAAUAUCACUGAGGACAGUGAGGUUCAAGUUGGGGAGGAUUUGUCACUUAUGGAAGCCCAGAGUGAAGAUGGAUCCAAGAGGGAUGUACUUGGGAUAAUUGAAAACCUUCCAGUCAAGAUAGGAAAGGCAAGAAUCCCAACUGAUUUUGUGAUCAUGAACAUGAAUCAAGAGCCAGCAGAUCCUCUCAUCUUCGGGAGACCAUUCUUAGCCACAGUUGGAGCUGUAAUAGAUGUUAAGAUGGGAACCAUCAAAAUUCACCUUGCUAAAGACUUCACUAUGAAGUUUGACAUCAAGAAUACUACUCAUCAGCCUACUAUUGAAGGUCAGCACUUUAUGAUAGGGAAAAAGGCUAGUUGUGAAGUUUUUGAGGAAGGAGGGAAUCCUAGGAUUAAAGGUUCAGCCCAAGCCAAGACUGUCCAAGAACUAGAGGGUUCAAUUCAAGUGCUAGAUGGUUUAGUGAAGGAACUUCAAGCUCAGCUCAAACAGAAAUCUUUGAAGAAGGCAAGACCAAGACUCAAGCUUGAGAAGCAACAUGGUUCAAGUGCUAAGGCAGUAGUGAUCAAGAAGGAAUACAAAGGUUAUCAAGUAGAACCAAUGGGGAUUUCAUCACCUCCUUGGUAUCCAACUCAAGCUUGA